AGCUCUCUCUCUCUCACAUCUUCCAAGCUCUUAUAUAUCUCUCCCUGCUUCUCAUCUUCCAAGCUCCUGUAUCUUCCUAACUAACCACGAUCAUCGCCUCUGCCGGAUUUUCAUCUGGAUUCAUCCCGAAUCUCACGUCAUUCUCGCCUUAUAGCGAGCCUUAAACAGGUCCGCUUCUCCCCCCUCUCUUCCCCCGGAUCAGAAAAACACUCGGGCACGGACCCAGCAUAAUAAUUUCGGGCUGGACUGGCCAGUCACGGUCCAGGGUCGGAUUCGGGCCUACGUUGAACAAUGCGGGCGGGCUUGGACAGAGCUUGGUUCGGCCCUAAGCCGUCCUGGUGACUACCUUACUUAUAAAUAUUCUAUUUUCUCCUCCCCCAACACCUCUUUCAAACCAUAACCCUACCUCGGCGCUGUUACAAAGACAUCCGCUCUGCUCUCUUUCUGUAGUAGAAAAAUCCCAAAUCGAAAUCCCUUUUCAGGCUUCAGUAUUGAUCUGAGAGUCGUCUCUACCUUUUGAUUUGGAAUGGAGAAGUGGUUCCUUCAGAAAAGGACAGAAUAGACCGUGAUUUCGAUUUUCGAGGGAAUUGCUGUUUUUACAUUAUGAAAGAGGUGGAUUCUGUUUCACAGGACGUUCGCGAUGAAGAUGAUGAGGAUGAUUAUGAGGAGGUUGGAGGUGGAAAUCGGCUCUUGGGAUUUAUGUUUGGAAAUGUUGAUGGCUCUGGUGAUUUGGAUGUUGAUUACCUUGACGAGGAUGCGAAGGAGCAUAUUGCUGCAUUGGCUGACAAGCUGGGUCCAUCUCUCACAGAAAUUAAUUUGUCAAUAAAAUUGCCACACACUCCAGGGGAUGCUUCUGAACAAGAUUAUGAUUUAAAGGCUGAAGAUGCUGUUGACUAUGAAGACAUUGACGAGCAGUAUGAAGGGCCAGAGAUUCAAGCUGCAUCAGAGGAAGACCAUUUGCUGCCAAAGCAAGAAUAUUUCUCUACCCAAGUUUCACUGGCUUCUUUGGGCCAUCAAACUUCGGUGUUUGAUGAUGAAAAUUACGAUGAUGAUGAAGAAUUUGCCAAGGAGCAUGAGGUGGUGGAAAAUAAUUCUGAAGCCCAAAUUAUUUGUUCAGCAGGUCUUGCCAUUCAAUGUACUUCGGAGGAGCAUCUUGUAUUAUCUUUUGUGAAAGAGAAAUCUCCCGAUGAGGAUAUGCCUUCUCUUGGAACCUUUGAAGUGGAAAAUGCAUUUGUUGAUUUGGGAGAUUUUCAGGAGGAAGAACCUCAAGUUCUGGAAGAGCAAUCUGAUGGUAAAAAAGGGACACCACUGCCUGUUUUGUGUAUAGAAGAUGGGAUGGUGGUAUUACGAUUCUCUGAAAUUUUCGGUGUUCAUGAGCCCUUGAAGAAAAGGGAGAAAAGAGACCAUCAUAGGUAUUCUAUCCUCAGAGAGAGAUAUAAAACCCUGGAUGCUUCUGAUGUUGUUGAAGAGGAUGAGGAGGCUUUUUUGAAGGGCUCAUUUCAAGGUGCACUUAUGCCUAAACCUUCCACUUCAGCUCAAGAUGAUUAUGUCUCAGUGAAGGAUGGCGACGUGGAUCAGUCAACCUUUGGUGUUUGGGAGGGUGCUGGCAUGUUCCCUAUGCAGGUUGAUGAGCAAAGGAAAGAUUCAUACCUCUGUGCACAGCCAAUGAAGGAGGGUACGGAAGCAGAUCUUUCUGUAGGCUGGCAGUCACCAUCAUGUCCAAAAUUCUAUCCUCUUGAUCAGCAAGACUGGGAAGAAGGAAUUAUUUGGGGAAAUUCUCCCCCAGCAAGUCACGAAUCCUCAGAGAGUUGUGUUAUCUCUGGUUCUGAACCUGAAGCUUUUACUAAUUCUGAAAUAGAAGUGGAGGCUGGGCAACGAAAUUUGGAGGAGUUGCACAUGGAACCAGAUGAGAAGGAUCAUAGUCUUUUCCUGCGUAGUUGUCCUGUUUUACUGGAGCCAUUUGGAUCAAGAAAAUUUUCAGAAUUGUCAGACCUUCCAUCUUCAGAUAGGGGCUACCAUCCGCAAAUACUGAGGUUAGAAUCGCGUUCAAGUGUAGAUGAUUCACAUUAUUCAGAAGAAAGAAAGGAAAACGGAAAUGAAGAACUUUGCAGGGGUGAUGCCAUGAGGCGUUUGAGCAAACUUUCCUUGCGAAACAAGGAGUUGCUAGAGGGGUCUUGGUUAGACAAAAUUAUUUGGGAGUCAAGUGAAUCUGUUCCUAGACCAAAACUAAUCCUUGAUCUUCAAGAUGAGCAAAUGCUUUUUGAGAUUUUAGACAACAAGGACGGUAGACAUCUUCGUUCUCAUGCAGGGGCUAUGAUAAUCACUCGUUCCACAAAGUCUGGCCCUGGGGUACCUCUUGAUCCGCCUGGUCAAGGGGGACCAUCUGUUGGUCGAUUUAAUAUUUCUAAUGACAAAUAUUAUUCCAAUAGGAAAACCUCCCAACAAUCAAAAUCUCAUUUGAAAAAGCGGGCAGUUCAUGGUGUCAAAAUCAUGCAUUCAGUACCUGCUCUGAGACUGCAGACAAUGAAGCCGAAGUUGAGCAACAAGGAUAUUGCUAAUUUUCAUAGACCAAAAGCCUUAUGGUACCCCCAUGACAAUGAAGUGGCUGCCAAGGAACAAGGAAAGCUCUCUACCCAGGGACCCAUGAAAAUUAUAUUGAAAAGCAUGGGAGGGAAGGGCAGUAAGCUUCAUGUGGAUGCUGAGGAGACCGUGUCUUCUGUCAAGGCAAAAGCAUCAAAAAAGAUGGAUUUCAGACCAUCAGAAAAAGUGAAAGUGUUUUAUUCUGGAAAGGAGCUUGAAGAUGAUAAGUCUCUUGCUAUGCAGAAUGUGCGGCCAAAUUCUAUCCUCCAUCUUGUGCGUACAAAAAUACAAUUGUGGCCAAAGGCCCAAAAGCUGCCCGGUGAGAAUAAGCCUCUGCGUCCUCCUGGGGCAUUUAAGAAGAAAUCUGAGCUUUCUGCGAAAGAUGGGCAUGUCUUCUUAAUGGAGUACUCUGAGGAGAGACCUUUACUGUUAGGAAAUAUUGGGAUGGGUGCAAGGCUGUGCACAUAUUAUCAGAAAUCAGCACCUGGAGAUCAAACUGCUUCCUCGCUGCGAAAUGGUAGCAACUGUCUGGGGAAUGUGCUCACACUUGAUCCUGCAGACAAAUCCCCAUUCCUUGGAGAUAUAAAACCUGGUUGCAGCCAGUCAUGUCUUGAAACAAAUAUGUACCGAGCACCCAUAUUUCCCCAUAAAUUGGCAUCAACUGACUAUUUGUUGGUUCGUUCGGCAAAGGGAAGGCUUUCUCUUAGGCGCAUUGAUAAAAUACACGUUGUUGGACAACAGGAGCCUCACAUGGAAGUAAUUUCUCCUGGAUCGAAGGGUCUUCAGACCUAUAUUGGGAAUAGGUUGUUGGUGUACCUGUACCGUGAGUUUCGUGCCAAUGAGAAGCCUGGGUUGCUGCCUUACGUUCGAGCAGACGAGUUGUCCGCCCUGUUUCCCAAUCUGUCUGAAGCCUUUCUGCGGAAAAGAUUGAAGCACUGUGCGGAUUUACAGAGGGGACCAAAUGGACAGUUGUUAUGGUUUAUGAGACGCAGUUUCCGCAUUCCAUCAGAGGAAGAACUGAGAAGGAUGGUGACACCAGAGGAUGUGUGCGCCUAUGAGAGUAUGCAAGCUGGCCUUUAUCGGCUUAAAAGGUUGGGAAUCAGCAGGCUCACACAUCCUGUUGGUCUUUCUUCUGCAAUGAACCAACUACCUGAUGAAGCCAUUGCUCUGGCUGCUGCAUCACACAUUGAGAGGGAAUUGCAGAUAACUUCAUGGAAUCUGAGUAGCAAUUUUGUGGCAUGCACAAAUCAGGAUCGAGAAAAUAUAGAGCGCUUAGAAAUUACAGGUGUCGGUGACCCAUCUGGCCGGGGAUUGGGGUUCAGCUAUGUUCGUGUGGCUCCCAAAGCACCAGUUUCAGGUGCAGUGAUGAAGAAAAAAGCAACUGCUAAUCGAGGAGGUACAUCAGUCACAGGAACAGAUGCUGAUCUCCGCAGAUUGAGCAUGGAUGCAGCACGUGAGGUUCUACUUAAGUUCAAUGUUCCUGAGGAACAGAUUGAGAAGAUGACUAGAUGGCAUCGAAUAGCUAUGGUACGUAAGCUUUCAAGUGAGCAAGCAGCCUCAGGGGUUAUGGUCGAUGCAGCAACCCUCAACAAGUUCGCACGUGGCCAACGAAUGUCAUUUCUUCAGCUUCAGCAGCAAACAAGAGAAAAAUGUCAGGAAAUUUGGGAUCGACAAGUUCUCAGUCUUUCUGCAGCUGAUGGUGAUGAAAAUGAGACCGAUUCCGAAGCAAACAGUGAUCUUGAUUCUUUUGCCGGGGACCUCGAGAAUUUGCUGGAUGCAGAAGAAUGUGAAGAUGGAGAGGAGGGUAAAUAUGAAUCCAAACAUGAUAAAGCAGAUGGUGUUAGGGGACUUAAAAUGAGAAGGCGCCCAUCUCAAGCUCAAGCAGUGGAGGAAAUUGAAGAUGAAGCAGCAGAAGCAGCAGAACUGUGCAGGAUGCUCAUGGAUGAUGAUGAAGCAGAGGGGAUAAAAAAGAAAAAGAUGAAACCUGUUGGGAAGGAAUUAGGUUUUGGUUCUGUAAAUGCUGAUUGCACCAAGAAAACUAAAACCAUUGUCAAGAAAGUCAUACGCACAUCCUUAUCUAAUGGCUCAUUUAUUGAUGAUCCAAAAGAGGUAACUCUACUUUUGGUGGAAAAUUUUCUGGCUAAAAGAAACUUGUCUGGAAAAAUUCAAGCAAAGAAAGGAAUUGGAAAGAUUGAUGUACAUUUGGGUCUACUGAAAAAGAAAAGCAAAGCAGUGGGAGAUGGAUUUAAGGUUAUUAAGGAAAAGAAACAGACAGACAAACCAGUGAGAGAGAGUUUCGUCUGUGGAGCAUGUGGUCAGCUGGGCCACAUGAGGACUAACAAGAACUGCCCCAAGUAUGGAGAAGAUCCGGCAGAAUCACAAGUUGAAAAUAUGGAGACAGAAAGUAUAUCAGGGAAGGCUCAUCCUGCUGAUGCCUCCACCCAGCCCCAACCGAAACCUCCAAUCAAGAAGUUGGUGCCUAAAGGCUUGACAAAGAUGUCUCUGGUGGAAGUUUCAGAAAGUGUAGAAAAAUCAGGGUCAAAAUUGCAGGCAAAAAUCGUCCCCUUGAAGCUCAAAUGUGGCUCCACCGACAAGUUGCCUGAGAAAAUUGUAUUGGGUCCACAAACAUCAGACAAGCAAAUCGUUGCUGACACAGAAACUGGGAGUAAAUCCCUUACUAAAAUAAAUAAAAUUAUAAUUUCCAGCAAGUUGAAAUCUGAGGACGUGCCACCUGAACCUCAGAAACCGCCCUCUGUUGUGAUACGCCCCCCUGUAGCUAUAGAUAGAGAUCAACCUCGAAAGAAGAUCAUCAUCAAACAGCCGAAGGUGAUUAAUAAUGUGGAGCAAGCUUCAAUUGGCUCUGGGGUAGACGAAGAUUUUAGGAGGACUAAGAAAAUAACUGAGCUGUCGAGCUUCGAGACGCACAGGAAGCCGGAUGCCAACUUCUUGGUCGAAGAGGCAGCAAAUAGGAAAGCUUUUGAGUCAAGAAGGUGGGAAGAGGAAGAGAAGAGGAGAAAGAAACAGAUGAUGCGGGAGGAGAAGGCACGAAGGCUCUACGAGGAAGAAAGACAGUUGCAAGAGGAACAGCUAAGGAUGACUGAGAUGAGAAGGCGUGAAGAAGUAAUGCGCAAGGAGAGAGAAGAAAGACAAAAGGCAAAGAAGAAGAAAAAGAAGAAACCUGAUUUCAGAGAUGAGUAUCUUGACGAACGUACCAUGUACAGAAAUGACCGAAAGAAACCAGAUAGAGACCGGGCUGCAAAGAGGCGGCCUGCGGCUGAUUUGGGACGGUAUGCUGCAAGCUUUGCCCCACAAACAAAGCGUCGCAAAGGCGGAGAGGUGGUGCUAUCAAACAUAUUGGAAGGCAUUGUGAAAAACCUGAAAGAUCGAACCUCAGUGUCGUAUCUUUUCCUCAAACCAGUGUUAAAAAAAGAUGCUCCUGACUAUCUAGAUAUCAUUGAACACCCCAUGGAUCUCUCCACCAUCACAGAUAAGGUGAGGAAAAUGGAUUACAAGAAUAGGGAAGAAUUCAGGCAUGAUGUGGCACAGAUCACUAUAAACGCUCACAAGUACAAUGAUCAGCGGAACCCCAGCAUCCCUCCCCUUGCAGACCAGCUCUUAGAACUCUGUGAUUAUAUGUUGGAGGAAAACGCCGACCACCUGGACGAAGCUGAAUCUGGAAUUGAGAUCAGAGACUUUUAAAAGAAAGACCGCCUGGACGAAGCCGAAUCUGGAAUUGAGAUCAGAGACUUUUAAAAGAAUGUGCAAGGACAUGCAUGUGUGAUUGAUUCUCUUGGGGCCAAUAGGAGUUAUUUUGCUGAAUGGUAUAUUAUUUGGUAGGUAAAUGUAAAGGAAAUUUUGAUUUUCCACAGCAAUCCUUGCAUGCUUUGAUGUGUAAUAUCUUUGUAUUGUGAUUCCAUGUAAAGAGAGGAGCGCAGAUGCGUAACCUGAUUUUUGGGCUGCUGCAUAUACACAAUGAGGCCCAACCAAUAACCUAGUAAUCUUGUAUCGUGAUGGAUCAGAGGGGGGCUUGAUCAAAUGCAUAUGUUUGCUCCAAACUGGCCAUUGUUGGUAUGAAGAAAUCUGGUGUUGAUUCCUGACA